UCAGACAACAAUCCUUGAGAGACAACAAAUUAGAACGAAUAGGAAGAACAAAUGGUUGAAAAAAAAAUAUAUAAAAAAGGGGAAAACACGCGCCCGGACACCUGGCAGCGCGACCGAAGCGCACUUGUUGAGCCGAUGUUAGCGACGGAAGGAAAACACACGCGGAGUGAUCGAGCAUCCUGUGAGAGCGAUAGUCCGGCCCCUUUGUCAUGCUCGAGCCUCUCUACUCCCCUCUCCUGCAGUGUCAUGGCCGCCCACUAACCCUACGGAGACGCAGGCCCGAAAUCCCGCACAGGAGGAUCUAGUCAGAGAGUGUGUACAGCGAUUCUCUCCCGGAGUGCGUCUCCAUGUAUUCCUAAGCAUGCACACAAUAUGGAUGCGUGGUGCGAGCGUGAGUAGCACUGGCGGGAGUGGCAUCGGCAGUACAGUGACCAUGGGGGGCGGCCUUCCCCUCUGGAUCCCUUAUUGCACGCAAUCGGACAGACGCGUUUCCACGACUUCGAACGAGUUCUCUGGAAGAGGAGAAUGUCUCAAGCUGAUCCGGGAGCUCAACCGAGAGACCUCUCACCACCGGCACCUGGCAGUUGGCCUCGGCGGGAGUGGCGACUGCGAGCGCCUGAGGGACGAACUCAAGAGGUCGAGGCGGAGGGCUCAGGACCUCGCCAGACAAGCUAAACUCAAACUAGAUCCUCACUUACAAGAUGUUGAAGCUGGAAAGCCAGAGGUGAUCCGUCUGUGGCGUCUGCUGUUCUGCUGCAUCCGCGUGCUGGAGCAGGAGAUGUUGCGAACCCUAACUCUGCAACACACCUUCACCUUGCACGUGGGCCCGACAGGUCUCAUCAACACGGGCGUGAACGAGUAUGGCCAAGGCUACCGCGGCGGAGCGUCCAUCGACAACAUGGACCUCCCCCUCGACGACAGACUAGCCCUCGAGAGAGCCGAGGUCAACCAACUCCACAAAGAACUCAUCGACCUGAGAAAUCUGAUCAACGCCAUGGAAGGAAAUCUAGACAUGAAACCCUGGAUUUUAGGGGAAAUAACUGAAAAGCAAAUUCUGGCGGCCAUUGGCGAAGACUCGACUUCGUGCCUAGAAACGAACGAAGAUUCCGGCCUUUCGGACAUGGAAUCGGAGGGAGGAGGCAGCGAAACGAGUGUCUGUCGGCGCCGGUGUUUUUGCUGGAUAAUGACCAUCAUUUUUGGCCUCCUGGUGUUCACUUUUGUGGGAAUUUUCAUCGCCAUCGCCUCCUAAUGUCCUCACUAAUCAAACCAAAUUGUCUUCCUCAUCGUAGUCAUAACUUUACGCAUUUUUUUUAAGUUUGUGUAGACUGGGAACUCUACGUUAAAAUGAGUGAGAUGUUUUAUUCAUUAUUUUAUUAUUAUCAUUUUGUUUAUUUAUAUACAUUAAAAAAUAUAUGCUAGUGAGAAAAUAUAUGCUUUAUUUUUUUUAGUGUGCGUGUAUAGUAUGAAUUAUUUAUGUUAUAUCUCCCUAGGCACUGUAGUGAAGUUAGAAAUACUUUGUAAUUUGUCUUAACGAUCUUGCAUCGCACAAAUGAAUCAUUUUACAGCAACGAAACAUUAUUGAACGAGAUGAAUCAGUGGCUUUUAUUGCAUAUAUUGUUCCUGCUUAGAAUGAUGGCUAUUUAGCAGAUGAUUAUAACCCUUGUUAAUCUGGAAAGAAAUGUGACUGUAUUGUUUUAUACCGAUUUAAUAAUGUAUAUAAUAUAUGAGUAAAAAUAGUU